UAGAGAAGUGUUUAUUAUUGAAGUCACUAAUUUUCUUAGAUAUGUAUCACUCUCCCCUCCCCACCCCACAGUGUUAGCAGGUAUUGGUAUUUAUUUGUUCAUUAAAAAUGGGGAAAUUGGGUACUUACAUAAAAAACUGUGUUGCUAGAUCCUUUACGGAAAUGAACAAAUUGAGUAUGCUCUAUGUAUAAACCUUAUGGACUUUUUACAUAGAAGACAAUUUUAUAGUCUUUUUUUUUUUUUUUUGGCCACUAAUUAUUUGAUCUGCUUCAUUAGAAAUCUGCUGUGUUUACUUGGUUCAUUUCACUCAUUGGGUUUUUAACCAGUAUAGGCUAGCUUCACUGUCCACUAUGGAACCACUAAUCCCAUGUGGCAAUUUAAAUGUUCCUAUCAGCCAUAUAUCAAGUAAGCAAGUAUAUGUAAACCUGCCCCCAAAGGUUUAGGUAGCUGAGUUGACAAAUGUAGCUUCUCAGAAAGAAACAUUUAGUAGGGACUUAAGAUGAUAGAUUGCCAUACCUGCCCUGCAGAAAGUAUUCUUCCUAUAGCAAGCUUUUUUUUUUUUUUUGGUAAAACACAUAUGCAGCUAGUCAUGUCUAAGAUCCUCUUGCAAAACUGACGAGUGAGAAAGUUAGAUAAGCAUUUUUAUGAGGGGUUUUGUAUGCCACAGGUAUUGUUUCUUUUUGAGAAGUUACCUAUCCUAGAGAUAUGUUUCUUGACCUUGCUGGGGGAAUGCCUUGGUAUACAAGAGUGAAACACUGGUUGUUAUGAUGGUUUCACUUCAAGAUGGCAUUACUCUUGUCAUGCCAUGUAGAAAACAGGCUGUUUUCUACACAUAGCCAAAUGUGGUUAAUGGCUUCCAUAUUGGAUAGUAGAUAUAGAACACAACUUGAAAUACUUAGUUGUCUCUUUCAGCCAUUGGCUGUGACAUUCUUCAAGGUCUGGCUCAAAUGUAACAUCUGAUUAACACCUUUGUGGUCAGAGUCAUCUGACAUAAACAUCUUCAACUUCUCUCUUGCAGUAUUUCUGUCCUCAUUUAUCCUCCAUUUUCCUCCUAUUCAGGAACAAAUCUCUCCCAUCUUUUCUGAGACAACUUCACCAGCCUAUCUAGUCUCAUUCCCUCCCCAUCAGCUGGCUCUCUUUUCUCCCAUCUUCAAUUUCUUGUCCCUAUUAAACUUUACCCCUUUUUUUCUACAAAUUUAAUUAGGACUCCACUACCCUUUUAAAAAAGAAUACUUUCAAUUCUUUUGCUUAGUUCAAUCAGUAUCCUUUUUCCUUUCUUGCAGUAUCAGAGUUCUCAAAUAUUGUCUAUUUUCAGUCUACCAACUCCUCUGAACCACUGGAAAGGACUGUCCAAAGGUCCUCCUGCCAUUCCCCCUAAUUCCAGCAUCAGCUUAGUUCUUACCCUCUUCUGGCUCUCUGCAGCAUCUGCUAGUCACCUGUUACCUCUCCUGAAACACCGUAGCUUUUAUGACGUUUGAACCAUCUGGGCGCUUCCUGAGCAGCUAGCUCCUCUUCUAACUCCUUUUCCUCCCCCUAUUCCAAAACGGUAUUUUUGCACAAUCCCAUUUAUUUUCCAAAAGACCUCCCAUGGCGAUGUCAUUCCUUUUUCAAUCAUAGUUUCACAGAUUUUAUUACAAUGUCAGCCCCAUUUUCAAUAUUUUCACAAACUAUAUUACAUUUUGCUAAAUUCACGUGCCACCUGUAUUCUUUCAUCUCUUUUGCCCUUUAAUCCACUCUAUACGGUACAGACACUGCCCUGAAUACUGUUCUAGCCAUGUUAUAUGUGAAUAGCGUGCACUGAUGAUUCAAUGCAUUUCUAACACCUGAGCCUGGUAUUUGACACUCCACAACCUAACUCACUCUAACCAACGCCUUAGCCUAGUUUCUGGCCAGCCAAGAUGCUGGGCCAAUUCCGAGUGCCCUGAACCCCGCCCCGCUGUGCCCAGGAUCCUGCCACUUCCUACGCGGGAAACCCGUGGCGCUCCUCCGGCUGCGUCAGCAACCAGCACGCGGCCAGGCGCAGCUCGAGGGCAGAGUCCCUGAGGAAAUUCUUACAAGCUUCUCUCACCCAGCACUCCACUCCAACCCCUCAGCAGCGCCUGGCGUCCUCGGCCUUCCAGGACAGGACCCGUCCCCGCUCCAGCCCUCCCGCAGCUCUUAGGACUGUAGUCAUCGCAGUCAGCAUGUCUGUGGUGAGCGUGGUCAGCUUCUUUUCCUCUCAAAAUGUAGACCAAGGAUUAUCUGUUUAAAAUUUUCUCGAUGCUAUACCAGCCUGCGACAGAAGGAGAAAAAAAAGUUUGAAUAUAUACGCAUUAUUUUUAUAUAUUAAAAUCUAUACCGAAUAUAUAAUGAUAUUGAAUAUGUAUCUUCUGCUCUCCGCCCUUUCAGCGGCGAAUCAACCGUUUGGACUCUGGGAUGGCCGCGCCAGGUCUGAUCCGGGUCUGCGCCCUUCCUCGCUACCGGCGCCUGCCACAGAGCUGCGGUCUUCCGGGCAGCUAGAGGGGCGCGCCCGCCCCCACUUCCGGCGCGCGGGCGGCAGAGUAUGUUGUGUUUCUCCAGCGGGUGGGUUCCCGCAGCAGGUAGAGCGAAAGGACAGGGUCUCACACUGUCACUCAGGCUGGAGUUCAGUAAAGCAAUCAUGCUUACUGUGGCCUCGACCUCACAGGCUUAAGCAAUCCUCCCACUUCAGCCUCCUGAGUAGCUGGGACCACAGGAGCAUCCUGAAGAGUUGGAAUUCAGAAGGAAUCUCUCAGACGCAAAUUUCUAUCUCCUCCCUGCCUCACCUGGGCAGGCUUUUCAGACUGUCUCUGCCCAGAAUGUCAGGAGAGGCCACAGUCUUGGCCUACCGUGCCCCAGAAGAACAGGAAGGACUUCUAGUUGUCAAGGUUGAAGAAGAAAAUUAUGUUUGGGGCCAGGACUUUGGCCUUCAGGGAAACUCCUGGAGCCAAGAGGUAUUACGGCAGCAGUUCAGGCAGUUUAGUUACUCUGACUCCACUGGCCCUCGGGAAGCUCUGAGCCAGCUCCGAGACCUUUGCUGUCAGUGGUUGAGGCCAGAGGUGCACUCCAAGGAGCAGAUCCUGGAGCUGCUGGUGCUAGAGCAGUUCCUGGCCAUCCUUCCUGAGGAGCUGAAAGCUUGGGUGCGAGAGCAUCAGCCAGAGAAUGGAGAGGAAGCCGUGACUAUGCUGGAGGAGUUGGAAAAAGAACUUGAUGAGCCAAGGCAACAGGACACAGCUCAUGGCCAAGAAAUGGUCUGGCAGGAAAUGACAUCCACAGGAGCACUGAAGUCUCUGAAUAGCCCACUGAAGCCCUUACAGAACCAGUGCGAGAGUGAGAUUCAGGAGACCAAGGCUUUCCAGGAGACCGAUGGCAAGAUGGUGGCUGGCAAAGUCUUGAUGGCAAAGCAAGAAAUUAUUGAAUGUGUAGCCUCAGCAGCUAUGAUAUCUCCAGAAAAACUUCCUGGGGAAACACCUUCCAAACAGAUAGUUGAAGAAGCUUUGGGAGGUCUGGACAACUCUAAGAAGCAAAAGGGAAGUGCUGUGGUGAACAAAAUCAGUCAGCUUCCUUCUCAGGAAAGACAUUUCACUCUGGCAACCUUUAACAAAAGAAUCCCCACAGAACACAGUGUCCUUGAAUCUCAUGAGAGUGAAGGAAGUUUCAGUGUUAAUUCAAAUGAUAUUACACAACAGAGAGUUCACACUGGGGAAAAGGUCUAUGAGUGCUUUGACUGUGGGAAGGCUUUUUGCCAGAGCUCAAAGCUGAUCAGACAUCAGAGAAUUCAUACUGGAGAGAGACCUUAUGCAUGUAAAGAAUGUGGCAAAGCCUUCAGUUUGAGCUCAGACCUUGUUAGACAUCAGAGAAUUCAUAGUGGUGAAAAACCUUAUGAAUGUUGUGAAUGUGGAAAAGCCUUCAGGGGUAGCUCCGAGCUCAUCAGGCACCGGAGAAUCCACACUGGAGAGAAGCCUUAUGAAUGUGGAGAAUGUGGGAAAGCCUUCAGCCGGAGCUCAGCCCUUAUUCAGCAUAAGAAAAUUCACACAGGAGAUAAAGGCUAUGAAUGUAUUGAGUGUGGUAAGGCUUUUGGUAGGAGCUCUAUCCUUAUUGAACAUCAAAGAAUUCACACUGGAGAGAAACCUUAUGAAUGUAAUGAAUGUGGAAGAUCCUUCAAUCAGAGCUCAGCCCUCACCCAGCACCAGAGAAUUCACACUGGAGAGAAGCCUUAUGAAUGUAGUGAAUGUAGAAAAACAUUUAGGCAUAGGUCAGGCCUUAUGCAGCAUCAGAGAACACACACCAGAGUUUAACUCUGUGGGUAAGAGUUGUACAAUUAUGAAAUGCAAGAAAUUCACUGUAGGGGUGAGACUCCACAGAAAAUAGAAGUUUCCUGAGAGCAGGACUUCUAUCCUUCCAGUUCAGUUCAGUACUCCAAGAGGACAUCCACACAAAGAUGUUUGUUAUGAUUACUGACGUGUUGAAUGGAAGAAAAAUUUUACCCAGGUCUCCUCCAAAAAGAAUGAUAGAUAUUUCCUUGAAAUGCCUAACCCAUUUCCAGAUGAGACUCAUCAGUAUCCCCUUCACUCCACUCUCUGCCACUCAGAUACAAUUUGCAUUGGGCACCUUUACAGUAGUGUCAGGAUUGGGACACUACUUUUUCAAGAUAUCUUGAAAGAGCGUCUUAUAAGAUAGCAAACGUACCUGGAAAGAGCAUUUGUAUUUUGGCAGGUGGAGGUAUGUGCUGAGUUAUUCAACUAUCUGAAAUGUUGGAUUUAGAGACUGUGAAAUAUAUGCUAUUAGUUUAAUAGUAUCUGAGGCAGUUAAAUAGUACCUAAGGAAUGCUGCCUCAUUCUGCCCCCUUGCCAGUUCUCUCCUCAACCCUGAGUUCCCUGCUAAGGUCAAUUUCCUCAAUAAACAGGUCUACUUGUUUAUUGAGCACCUGCUGUGUGCUAUGCAUUGAGGUGAACAUGGUCAUUGCCCCCCAAGAGUAAAGGGCUAAUAGGAUAUGCAUAUAUACUAAACAGUAAUUACAGUGAAGUGUGAUAAAUGUUUUGGUAGGAAAAAUGCAGGUUUCUUUCAAAGUACAUGGCAGAGAUACCUAAACCUGGUCUGUGAAUCACUAAAGACUUCCUGGAUAUGAUGACAUCUCAGUUAGACCUAAAGAUGGGUAGAAGGUAACAAGAGCAGGAGAAAAGAGAAGAACAGGAUCUAGAGACACCCCUUCAUUGAGACUCUACUGCAGAAAUUGUCAUAGACCUAAUUUUUUUUUAAGGAAUCUGAGGGAGUAAUUCAACAAAUAUUUACUGCCCUCAAGUAUAAUAGCUCAGGGUCUGCAAGCCUGGUAAGGAGGAGAGAGGGCAGGGAAUGGGGAAUAGUGGAGCCUGGGAAGGCAGAUCACUCUGUUUCUUUAUGCUUCCCACUUCCUGAGUCCCAGAGUUAGGAGACACAAACGCUCUAGUCUCCACUGUCUCUCAGGCCUCUGAUAUGCAUUCUUUCCCUAUGUUUAUACAUGCCCGCAGAUCACUGUUCCUUUAUGUUUCCCACUUCCUGAGUUCCAGUCGUACACACUCCAGUCCCCACUGUCUCUCUGGCCUCUGAUAUGCAUUCUUUCCUUGUGUGCAUACAUGCCUUUUUCCAUAAGAUGCACCGGAGCCUCUCACCACACUAAUUCUGAGCACUUUAGGGUCUCAUAGGUCACGCUGGGUCUAGGAUAGGCUCCCCAACUCAGUGAUUAUAAGUAGGAAGAGGGAAACCAACACAUUAGAAUUCUGAGCCAGGCUUUAUGGUAACUAAUUCCUGCUGCAGAAAAGAGUCCUGAUGAAGGGGUGUCUUCAGAGUUUAUCUUAUCUUCAUUGUAUGUGCUAUAACCUCUGCCUGUAAGUCUCUCUGCUAAUUUUUAUUUUGGCAUUUUUAAUUAACCCACAAUUGCUGAGGGCAAUUAAUUACCUAAGAGAAAGUUUGAUUCCUCUACUAAGAUGUCCUCCUAGAUGGUGUCAUUUCUAAAGACUUGUGGUCACUACUUCUAUUAGUCCAUUUUCACACUGCUAUAAAGAUACUACCUCAGACUGGGUAAUUUAUAAACAACAGAGGUUUAAUUGGCUCACAGUUCUGCAGGGCUGGGGAGGCCUCAGGAAAGUUAAAUCAUGGCUGAAAGGGAAGGGGAAGCAGGCACCUUCUUCACAAGGUGGCGAGAGAGAGAGUGAGUGCAAGGGAAAUGCCAGGCACUUACCAAAAAACCAGAUCUCAUGAGAAUUCACUCACUAUCAUGACAGCGGCAAGGGGGAAAUCUGCCCCUGUGAUCCAAUCAUCUCCCACCUGGUCCCUCCCUCAACACCUGGGGAUUACAAUUCAAGAUGACAUUUGGGUGAGAACACAGAGCCAAACCAUAUAACUGCAGUUGUGGGUAAUAGGGGAGGUGAAAUUCGGGGGACAGUUCACUCCCUUUGUGUCUAGAGGUUGUGCAGUUAUCAAGUGAGGUAGAUCAGAAGUCUAAAGGGAUCCUUCAAAUGGAUAGUGAGUUGCCUUUUCCUAUAGGUGACAAUCAGAUUUAAUGUUUUAAAUAUGAUUUAAUAGGUUUCUCUCCUGAUUGUGAAUUCUAAAUGUUGGUAAUACAGAAAAUGAGAAAAUGUAAAUCACCUCCAAUCUCAUUGCCCAUAGAAACGUUAACAUUUUGGAGUACCGUCUAUUAGUGUUUAUUUUUCCCAAUCCUAUUAUUUUUAGUAAAACUGUUUAGUAAAUAACUUUUGGUAACUAAUUUCAAAAUUUAUACUUUUGAGUGUAUACUUCAACUGUUUAUUAUUAGAAUGUAAUGCAAGAUAUAAUAAAACUUGAGUUUCAAAAGUU